AUGAAUACUGAUGAAGCGAUGACUCCCGAAGGCUCGCCUACUCGUAAAGAUGAACUUCAGAGAAAGCGUUCACGACGCUCCUCUAAAGCAGCAACUAAGUCUAAGCGAUCAAAGAAGAAACGCAAGCAGUCUUCCAGCUCCUCCACCUCCAGCAGUGAUUCAUCCCGUAGUUCACGGAGUGCAAGUAAGAAACGAUCAAAGGAAAAAGGUAGUUGGUCUACUAAACAGGUACUUGAUAUCUUUUAUACCCUUCAAGAGCAUAAGAGCAAGACAAGUGUUUUAAAUAACAAUCUUCUUAACAAUGUAAUACCAGAAUUUGAUCCGUCAAAUAAAACUCAGAAUAUCGACUGUUGGAUUAGGAAGGUUAAUGAAUGUGCCGUAAUCUAUGAAUGGAACGAGAAGCAGACCAUACAUUUUGCCCUGCAGAAACUGUCUGGUUUGGCAAAGAAGUGGUUUGAAGCCCUUCCUAGCGUUGUUUUCAGUUGGUCAGAGUGGCAGGUCAAACUUAUAAGAGCUUUCCCAAAUGAGCAGAAUUAUGGACGGCUCCUCGAGGAAAUGUUAUCUCGCACUACUCGUAGUAGCGAAAGUUUACGUGAGUACUUCUACGAUAAGUUAACGUUGUUGAACAGAUGUGAAAUAAGUGGCAAAAAGGCCGUCGAUUGUAUUAUCCACGGAAUAUUAGAUAAAUCUAUUAGAAGCAGUGCACAGGCACUGACUUGUCUUGAACCGGAAGACUUGUUGAAUUUUCUGAGCUCCCAACGUCCUAUAUUAGAAAAUAACACAUUCAAUAGGAAACGUAGCGAUAAUACGAUAGUUCGAACGGGUAACACUGCAUCGUCCUCAAGCGAAAAUUUGUUAACUUGUUUCAAUUGCCGCUCAAAGGGACACCCUUACUUUCGAUGUCCUAAACCUCUUACCAAAUGUGUAAAAUGCCAUCGGGUGGGCCACAACAACGAUAAUUGUAAACAAGAGCCAUUAAUCUUGCGAAAUGAACCUAAACAAACUGAUAACCAGGGUCGAAAAAUUUUAACUAUAUCUACCCUCAAUAACAACAGCGACAAAUUUUACAAGACCGUUAAGGUAAACGAUAAGCCUUUAACUGCUUUUAUUGAUUUCGGCAGUGAAUGUAGUUUAAUCAAGGAAUCUGACGCUCAAAGUCUGAAUCUAACUAAAAAUUCAACAGAGUUGCCAGUAAUCAAAGGGUUUGGGAACUCUAAAGUAUUUCCAGUAUAUAGGACCAACGUUGAUCUUAAAUUAGAUGAAGUUGAGGUUAAUGUAGAGGUACUAGUGGUUAACAAUCAGUUCCUUCAGUCGGCUCUACUUAUUGGUCAAAAUGUUACAGAACUUCCUUGUGUAACAGUAUUUAAAAACAAUCGUCAGUUAACUUUUUAUCAGAGCCCUGAUAUCGAUACAAUACCACAGCCGGUGAAAUGUUUAAAGUUAACUCUUGAUAACGAUACCGACGUUACAUUAUCAGGGUUAGUUGAAGCUACCGCACCUGACGCUGACUUCUGCGGAGAUGUUUAUAUUGAAGAUCUGAUUUCUGGGUAUUAUCAAGUGCCAGUGGCGGAAGAGAGUCGUCCAUUAACUGCGUUCGUGACGCCAGAUGGACAUUAUGAAUUUAAAAGGAUGCCGUUUGGUCUCGCAAAUGCCCCAGCUGUAUUUCAGAGAUUAAUGAAUACAAUGCUGGGUAAUAAACGUGAUGAGUUAGCAUUGGCUUAUUUGGAUGACAUUCUUGUGCCAUCAGUUACCCUGGAGGAGGGAUUUGAGAGGCCCCUUCAAAAUUGCAAAAGUUUUGGGCAAUGA